AUGUUAAUGGCUUUACCCCUGGGCAGCUCAGCUCUAAUCCCACCACUUCUCAAAAGCUCUGAAGGGAUAGUCCUAGACAUAGGACCAGGAACAGGAACUCAGAUGCCACUCCUAACCUCCAAAUCCAUAAAAGCUCUCUACGGACCCGAGCCCUGUGUAGUAUUACACGCAGAGCUCCGUAAGCGAGCUACCGCCGCGGGGAUCGCAGAGAAAUACCACAUUCUCCCCUGUGGCGUGCUAGUCACUGAUCUUCUCCCUGCACUGCGUGCCACAGGAACAGGUGUUACAGAUGCGUAUGACUCUGAUAAGAAGCUCGGAAUCUUCGAUACAAUUCUCUGUGUGCGUGUUCUUUGUUCUGUUCCCGAAAUGGAAAAUACUGUGAAGGAACUUUAUGGUUUGUUGAAACCUGGUGGGAGGUUGUUGAUUACUGAACAUGUGGUUAAUAAGCCCUUUUCGGCUAAGGGGUCUGUUCUUGCGAGAGUUGCGCAGGCUGUUUGGAUGUGGCUGGGUUGGAGGUUGUUGAUUGGGGAUUGUUGUUUGGAUAGAAAUACUGAGGAGGUGCUCAGAAAGGCAGCUGGGGAUGAGGGAUGGGAAUCUGUCGAGUUGGAGAGAUCUUUUGAGUGGUCGGCUAUGCCUUAUUUGUCUGGUGUUUUGACUAAGAAGGAUUUGUGA